CCAGUAGCCGCAUUAGUUGUACGCAAAACACGCAAUUCAUUGCACGCACGUCUGCGCAAAAGCCGGUAGUGCGAUUAGUGACAGACGAUAUUUUCUACCGUUCAUACCAUCAUAGCAACCCGUUGGUGGUAACCGUUGUUUGGAUAGUGCGCUGGGCGAUGUACCAUGGCGUUUGCAGGCAAUAUUCAGACGGGCCGGAAAAACUGUGCUUCAACGCAGUUUCCAUUCAAAUUUAGUGCAGAACAGGCGGCUGGGCUCGUGGAGGACAGUAAUGAGGAUCCUUUCUGUACGGAGUAUGAUAACAAUUUUGUGCCUUUCAACAAUUACACCAAACCAGUCCUGCGGCGGGAUCAGCUGAGGGAGGUGUACAAGGAAAAGUUGUCGCGAAUUUUGACGAAAAAUGCGAACGAACAACUGGAAACCAUCCACCGGCAGGAGGAGGAGCGGAAACAGCUGAGAAAACGGAAGAAUUAUUACAUGGCAAAGGAAACUGGACAGGAUCCGCAGUACAGUCUGCAGCGAACGGAUGAUGUGGUAACGUUCUGGAGCUACCGUACCCGGCGGAAUGCUAAUCAUCGCCGCAAUAACGAUUUCACUAAACCGCAGGAGGAUAAAUUGGAUGUGCAGUUUGAAUAAAUUGCAGGCGCUUUGAUGUGCAUUUCAUUGCCUUGCUUGCUUUGCUUCUUUAUUGCAUAUUAUUACAAACUCGUCAGGAUCUAAGCUUUCUCGUCCGAGGCCUGGGUGGCACCCGACGCAACCGACUGGCCAUCGUCGACUGGUGCAUCCUGGCACGAUAGCGACGGGAACUUCUGGUACAGGGCAGCGCGAUACUUCGGAUGGCUGAUGCCGUACACGAUCGGGUUGUAGACGGCGUUGGCCUUGGCGAACAGCGAGCCCCAGAUGGUGGCCAGCGGGCUGAUCGGGGCAGCCUUGAAGAUUCCGGUGAAGUUGAUGACCAGAUACGGCGUCCAGGCCAUGAACCAGAGCGAGAUGGUGACCAGGGCGACCUUGGCCAGCUUCAUCUCGGUGCUGGUGUUCUGGGCUUCCUGCGUACGCAGCGAGGCGACGUUCAUCUUCUUGGCCUGCUCGCGCAUGUUCUUCUCGUGAGCGGACACAGCCUUCAGGAUGAAGGUGUACGAGUAGAUGAUGGUCAGCAGCGGCAGCCAGUACACGAAGAUGGCGUAGAUGAUGAUGUACGAGCGGCUCAGCCACGUCUGGGUCAGGUAGUCGGUUCCGCAGGCGGUCAUGUUGCCCUCCGGCACGUAUCGGUUCCAUCCGAACAGCGGGGCCAGAGUCCAGAACAGCGCGAACACCCACACGCCCAGAAUGCGCAGCAGGGCACCGUUGUUGGUCAUCGGCUUGCCGGCGAGACCCUUCACGAUGACGUUGUAACGGUCAAAGGCAAUCAUCGUCAUGGUCCAGAUCGAGGCACAGCCGAACAGCGAUCCCAGCAUGGCGUACAGCUCGCACGCGAACGGGCCAAAGGUCCAGGUCUCGUGCCAGCAGUUGAUCACCAUCGGCGGGCCCAUCGUGAACAUCA